AAUCAAGCUGCGAUGGCCAACACUAGAAAGCACUCGUUAGGAUAGUUGUUGGCUUCCAUCUCUUCUCCACAACGAGCACAGAAAUGCGAUUGAGCACCCGGAACACGGGUCACUGCAAUUCCAAGCCGGCCGGAUCUGAGGCCAGGAUAUGUACGACAUCCUGGGCGCCACAUUGUGAUGGCAUUGCAUCGAUGUUUCAUCCUACCUGUGCUGGUUGGAUACUCUCUACCAUCUCCUACAUUGCGAUCGUGAGUGGAGGUGCACCAUACACAGUGGGACUCUUUCGACAGUGCAUUCGUUGUUCGAUAGGGUUCAGGAUAUGUAUUCUACUCGGACUGAACGUAUCAAACGGUGCUUCACCAGACCGUUUGGACCAGGCUCUGCAGCCACCUCCGUGUUAUAGGUGUGGAGCUCAAGAUGGCAUCACAUCGCUUCACCGGGCAUGGACGCGGCUUCAGGGGGUUUAUCUGCACCUCAUCGCCCCACGCCAGACCUGUUCCUGUUGCGACGGAGUCGAGGGUCCGUCCGCUCCAUCCUUACGAAGUCAUGAACUUCGACGAUUGAUUCGGCUCAGUCUCCCACUCAGGUACCGACUGUGUCUUCUUAAGAGGCACUUUUGUAGUCCUGGAUCCUGAGCAAAGUCGCCAGCAGACUUCCAUUUGUAUCCUCGCCUACAGCGGUAAGUGCCAGUGGAUAGAUAUCGGUCCAUCGAUACGAACAGACGCACCGAGUCAGGUCAACAAGGUGCGACCAGAGCCGUCGCAAGGAGCCGAAGCGAUCCUUCGAGCUGUCUUAUUGAUAGACAGACUGCGCGGCUCUUCGUUGACUACGUGAGGGGAGCAUUCUGGUAGAACAGGGCGAUGUAUAGAACGAAUAGUAAUGUAGCGGACGUGUGCCGAGACGAGACGGGACCAUGUGAUGUGAUGGGAUGGGCGCCGCCGCGGGCGCUACCUGGGUUAACUCAGA